AUGGAGAAAGACAUUACGUCGUUAAAUAGGACUCGUGGUGGAAUCAAGGCGCAAAUAACUAGACUAUUAACGUCAAUAAAGGAUCAGCAGUUUGAGGAUGUUGAAAUAGAAGAAAUUGAAGUCAAGUUGGAUAAAGUGCGUAAAUUAAAUCAACAGUUUGAACUUUUAAGACAAGACUACUACAAAGUUGUGAAAAGAGAUGAAGAUUUAGUGGAAAUUGAAAAUAGCUUCGAGGAUAUCGACUCGGAUCUUCUAAAAUUGGAGUCACCAAAAUCGAAAUUUAUUUCCCAAAGUUUUAAACCACGUACUUUAGUAACAAAGGUAAAUGACACUUCAUCAAGGUGUGCUGUUUGUCGUCUACCAGCAAAUCAUCCUAUCUAUAAAUGCAAAGGUUUUCUUGAUUUAAAUGCUGUGGAACGUUUUAAUAUGGUUAAAAAACUCUCCCUCUGUGUGUUGUGCUUAAAACCAGGGCACAAAUUAGCUUUUUGUCGCCAAUCUAAGUAUUUGUGUAACAUCUGCAAUGGUAAUCACAAUUAUCUCUUGCACAGACAUAGCAAACCUUCGAGCGAAGGAGAAAAUGCUACUCAUUCCGAAGCAAUUCCUUCGGAGCCGAGGACUGAUUUCUCCCCCAAAGAUGUGACCUUGGCCGAUUCACUGCGUACUUCCUCUGCCUGCUUACUUAUAAAAAAUAAAAGCGUUCUACUUCCAACUGCAAUAGUACUUAUUCAGAAUAUUUAUGGCCACUUCUCGAGGGCUAGAGUAAUACUAGAUAGUGCUUCUCAGGCAAACUUUGUAACAAAGCAGUUUGCUGACAGCGCGAAUUUGCGAAAACAAAAAAUAAAUACAUCGGUUUCUGGAUUGGGAGGAAUUUCUACUUCGAUUGAAUAUGAGGCUGUUGCAAAUAUAGCCAAUUGUAAUGGAUCUUUCUGUUUAUCACAAACCUUUUUUGUAAUAGAUAAAAUUACGGAUAUGGUUCCGGCAACAAAUGUUAAUUUAGAGAAUUUAGAAAUUCCACAGGUUAUGCUUGGUGAUCCGGAAUUUACACGGAGUUCCAAAAUCGAUGCCCUUUUGGGUGCUGAAACCUUCUUUGAAAUUGUUAAGGGUGAACAAAUACGUUCAUCUCUAAAUUCAUUAAUAUUUCAAAAUACUGUAUUUGGUUAUGUCGUUGGUGGCUAUGUAAAUACAAAUAAUCAGGAGCCAUGUACUAAUUUAUGUACUUUAGUUUCUCGAAAUGAAAAUAUUGAAAAAGUAAUCGAAAAAUUCUGGUUAGUGGAAAAUAUUAGUGAAGAAAAUACUAUUCUUAGUAGUGAAGAAGAGUUUUGCGAGGCUCAUUUUAAAGAAACCCACACCAGAAAUAAGGAUGGUCGAUUCGUAGUUAAAAUGCCGAUGAAAGAAGGUUUGUUGGGUGAUUCUAAAGCCUUAGCCAACGUUAGACUUAACCAAACAGUUAAGCGACUGCAUAAGAAUCCCAUGAUGCAAAAUUUAUAUAAGGAGUUUAUUGCAGAAUAUGAAAGUUUAGGUCAUAUGGAAAAAGUGAAUAAUGACAUGUGUGAAGGAUCGUAUUAUUUGCCGGAUCAUGGAGUUUACAAACCUGAAAACUCAACCACAAAAUUAAGGGUUGUAUUUAAUGCCAGUGCCCCUAGUACAUCGGGACAAAGUUUAAAUGAUUUGCUUCUUGCCGGUGCAGUGAAAGAAAAUAUUUUUGAAAUAAUGACUAGAUUUAGGACUUAUAAAUACGCAUUUACGGCAGAUAUUAAGAAGAUGUACCGUCAAAUAUUAAUUGAUGAAUCACAGAGAAAUCUGCUAAAAAUAUUAUGGAAGGAUAAUAUGAAUCAGUCUCCAACUACUUAUCGCCUUAACACUGUCACUUACGGCACAAAAUCGGCUCCAUUUUUGGCCAUUCGUUGUUUGAAGCAACUUGCUUUGGAUGAAGCGAAAAAAUUUCCGUUAGCUUCGCAAGUUACGCUAACAGAGGUGUAUAUGGACGAUUUCGUCUCGGGUGCUGCUACUUUAGAAGCAGCCCAGGAAUUACAAAGGCAGUUGAUACAAAUGCUGCAAACUUGUGGCAUGGAGCUUCAUAAAUGGACUUCAAAUUCCUCUGAACUCAUAAAUAAUAGCUCUGAGGAAACUAACCAACAAUAUUUUCUCGUUGAUCGACAUUCUUCAGUAAAGGCUUUGGGUCUGAAUUGGCAACCAAAAGAAGAUUAUUUUCUCUUUAAGGUAGACUUAAAGAUCAAGCCUUUCUACACUAAAAGAGACGUGUUAUCUGUUAUCGCUCGUUUGCAUGAUCCAUUAGGUCUCGUUGGUCCUGUUAUCACAAAGGCCAAAAUUUUCAUGCAAAAAUUAUGGAUCCAACAAUUGAACUGGGAAGAUACUCUCCCUCAGUCAAUUCAGCCAGAAUGGUCGAAUUUUGUGACAUCUUUGAAAGUAAUUGAAAAUCUCAAAGUUCCUAGACAUAUCUUGACAGAAUCUUAUGAAAGAACUGUUAUAGUAGGUUAUGCUGAUGCUUCUGAAGCUGCUUUCGGAGCGGUAGUUUACAUGAAAUCUAUUAUGGAAGAUGGCACAGCUGUCAAUAAACUUAUUGCCAGUAAAUCAAGAGUUGCUCCCAUUAAAGUAAUUUCGAUCCCUCGUUUGGAGUUGUCAGCGUGUCUCCUUCUGUCGCAGUUGAUAGAAAGAAUUCGUCCUUCUCUUCAGAUGCUAAUCAGUGAAGCAAUCUGUUACACCGAUUCAAAAAUUGCACUUGCCUGGAUAAAGACACCUCCAUAUAAACUAAAAACUUUUGUCGCUACUCGAGUAUCAAAGAUACAAACUCUCACAGAAAACUUUCAGUGGAAACAUAUUUCUUCCCAACUGAAUCCUGCUGAUGUAAUAUCUAGAGGUUUGAACCUUCAUGAACUCUUAACCAACGACUUAUGGUGGUGUGGUCCUGACUAUUUACCGGACUCUAAAAAUUAUUCUAGUGUUGAACUUGAUGAGUCUGCAAUUUCAGAUGAACAAUAUCUGACUGAACUUAAAUCACAGUCAAACAUUAGUUUAUCUUCUCCUGCUGUUUUUCAGGAAUGGUUUCACACUUAUAUGUGUUUAGCUCCUUACGAAAUGGAAUAA